UUUGAUUCUCUUGAUGGCUAAACUGGAACCAUUGAUGGGUCUUUUUCGUUAAUUUGUGAUACUUAUUGAUCUUCAGGUAAGCGGAUGCAUAUGGUUUCGAUUUUGAGUCAUCAAGUAUAAGGCUAGGGUUGUUCAUUGCCGAUAAUUGUAUAAAUACCCCACCAUUAUCCUGUGAAGUUGUUAUCUUUUGGUCUUUUCUCUCAUAUACAAUGAUUUCGUUAAGAGGAUAUCCGAUUAAAAGUAGUGGACUACGAUUUUUCAGUAGUUCGUCUAGUUUGAGACAACCCAACUAUUAUGAACUUCUUGAACUACCAGGUUCAGCCUCAAUAAAAGAUGUUAAGAUGCAAUUUAAAAAAUUACUGAAGAAGUAUCAUCCAGAUUUGAAUAGUCAUUUAUCAGAAGACGAGAAAAAGGUGAAUAGUGAUAAGUUUGUUCAGAUUGUAUCAGCUUAUGAUACUUUGAAAGACAUCAAAAAGAAGAAGAGUUACGAUCAACAAUUAAAGGGAACAUCAAUUCCAAAUCAUUCAUUUUCAAGAAGAAACGAAUGGCAGAAUAAGUAUUACGGUGAAGCAAAAUACUAUUCAAAAUCAGGUCCUAGUGGACUAAAUACAAAACGUCAUCGAGUUUACCAUUUUAACGACCAAGAUAACAAUUCAACAUUUUCUGGUCGUCACAAAAAUUAUGGGGAUAGAUAUGAUGUACCUCAUUUCAAUUAUAAUGAACAUUUACAAAGAAAUUUAAAAUUCGAACAAAGAAUUAUCAAUCGUCAAUUAACUGAUGAUGAUCGGGAGAAAAUCUUGAAACAAUUAUCAAAAACUGGUGAUAUAUCAAAUGUUAAUGAAGAGUUAGUGACUAAACAUUUGAUGAGACAAAUACAUCAUAGUUACAAUCGGUCAAAUAAUCAAAAUACUUUUGCUCCUCAAUCUUCAACUCUGGGUACGUCUGCUAAAAACCCUUAUAUGUAUCAUGGACCUCAAAGUGAAGAAAGCGAUGGAGUCAUGCUUAGAUCCUUGGUAUUUGCUGGUGGUGUAGGUUCUCUUUUUCUCUUAUACUCAACCUUACAUGGUUAAUCUUUCAAUUCUCGGCGUUAACAUAUAUUCGUAUCAAUAUAUAUAUAUGUAUAUAUAAUAGAUUAAGUGC